AUGGAUACCGUUCGAGUCAUCUCCAAAGAUAUAAUCAAGGCACCAAAACCAUAUAAUCAAAACAUUGACUUGACUCCAUGGGAUCUCUCAUUCCUACUACUUGCACCAGGCAAAAAAGGCCUUCUUUAUCACCAUCCUGUAGAAGAAAACCAUAUUCUUCGACUGAGACAAACUCUAUCAUCUGUCCUUGUGUUUUUCCCACCCCUUGCCGGUCGUCUUGAAAUAAUAGAAUACAAAGACAACACUGCGUCGUGUUCGAUCGCCUGCAAUAACGCAGGUGUACUCUUUGUCCAUGCUACAACUGAGAACACCUGUGUCGCUGAUAUCCUUGAAUCUACAUAUGUACCUCCUAUUGUCGAUUUAUUUUUUCCGUUCAUCGGGGUUAGAAACCACGAAGGCACGUCACAACCAUUGGUGGCAGUACAAGUGACGGAGUUAGUUGACGGUAUCUUCAUUGGCUUUACAUUCAACCAUGUGGUUGCUGAUGGAAAGUCUUCUGGUGAUUUCAUUAAUUCAUGGGCUGAAAUCUCACGUGGCUGUUGCGAUCAAAUAUCGAAACUCCCAUCAUUCGAACGUUGGUUUCCGGACGAUGUUCAGCGUCCUAUACGAUUUCCUUUCAGUGUGGAGUCACACAAGAAUGAAUCUGAUAAGUUAAAUUUCUCGUCAUUACAUGACGAGAAAUUUAACUUAUCAGAGAGGCUGUAUCAUUUCACAAAUGAGAAAAUAAUGGAAUUGAAAUUCAAAGCCAAUGCAAUGAUUGGUACAAACAAAAUAUCUUCUCUGCAAGCGCUUUUAACACACCUUUGGUGCUGUGUAAUACGUUCCAAACAACUUGACCCACAAGAAGAAGUUCACUGUAGAGUCUUGAUAGGAGCUAGACUAAGGCUUCUGCCACUAUUGCCAGAAGAUUAUUUUGGAAAUGCAGGUAAAGUUGGCGGGGUUACCAUGAAAGCAGGUGAGUUGUUGGAGGAAGGUGCGCUUGGUAAAGGUGCUUGGGAGAUUCACAAAAUGAUUUCUUCGCAAUCGAAUGAGAAGUUCAAGGACCACUAUGAAUCUUGGUUAAGAAAUCCAAUCUUGCCUAAUCCUGAUGGUAUAAGUAACAAUAGUUCAUUGGCCAUUGGCAGCUCCCCACGAUUUGAUUUUUAUGGUAAUGAUUUUGGAUGGGGAAAACCUGUGGGAGUUCGUUAUGGGAAUAAAUUAAAUGGAAUGGUCAGUGUAUUUGAGGGAAUAGAAGAAGGGAGCAUUGACCUUCAAGUGUGUCUUCCUCACAAGAUUUUGGAAGCAAUGGGAAAUACUAUUAUUUCAUAG